AUGCAAUUCCAGAAGUAUUCACGACUUAAUGUCAGACCCCGAGAUUCGCUGGUACCACCCUUUGACAAUUGGGACCUACCCACUCUAGACGAAGAUCAUUCCAUAAGUGUUAUCUACGAUAUGCCCAAGUCAAUGUACACUCACAAGUCAAUGCUUCUAAGGGGUGUAAAACAUAACCCUCCAGUUCUCGAUAAGACUGAUAUUGAAAUCACCAGAAACAAGGCACAGCGUUCUGGGCGCUCCUUUGGAGGAGUUCCCUUCGGCAAUGGCAGAGGCAGAGGUGGUCGAAUGUCAUAUGCCAGUGACCGGCCCAGUAAUGAUCGACCCAAUCCAUUCGCCGCCCAUAUUAACCCAGCCUUCGUGCCGCCAGCAAUACCUCCAUCACAGAUCCUCCCUAUCAACAACAGGGCGGUCGCGGUUAUUCUCAUCAAUCCGGCCAGCGUGGUCACUACUCCCAGUCGCAAUAUGGCCAAUCGCAACAAUAUGAGCAAAGGGGGAGAGGAGGAUAUGAACAAUACUCUGGAGGCCGCAGUAACUCUGGAGGCGGAGGGGGUGGUCGAGGCCGAGGUGGCGGAUCUUACAGGGGUGGAGGCCGUGGUGGACCUUAUCACCAUGGACAGAAUGGAUAUAAUGGUCACCGCAAUGACGGAAAGUAAUAAGUUAUGCAAUUUCAGAGAUUCAAGCAUAAUUGUCAAUUAG